AUGGCGCGCGUGGAGGCGCUGAGCAUGAGCGGCGCCACGGCGAUCCCGGCGGAGUACGUGCGGCCGCAGGAGGAGCGCCACGGCCUGGGCGACGCCUACGACGAGGCGGCGGCCAGCUGGUCCGCGGCGGGCUCCCCGCGCAUCCCCGUCGUCGACGUGGCCGCCUUCGACGCCACCGACCCGGCCUCGCCCGCCAGCCUCACCGUCGUCGACGCCGUGCGCGCGGCCGCCGAGGAAUGGGGCGUCAUGCACGUGGCCGGCCACGGCAUCCCAGAGGACCUCAUCGACGCGCUGCGCUCCGCCGGGACCGGGUUCUUCCGCAUGCCGAUCGAGGACAAGGAGGCCUACGCCAACGACCCGGCGGCGGGGCGGCUCGAAGGGUACGGCAGCCGGCUCGCGGGCUCCGCCGGCGAGGACGGGAAGAGGGAGUGGGAGGACUACCUGUUCCACAUGCUCCACCCCGACGCCCGCGCCGACCACGCGCUCUGGCCGGCGUACCCGCCCGAGUACGUGCCCGUCACCAAGACCUUCGGGGAGCACGUGAGCGCGCUCUCGUCGCGGCUCCUCGCCAUCCUCUCCCUCGGGCUCGGCGUCCCGGCCGACACCCUCGAGCGCCGCCUCCGCCUCACGUCCGGCGAGGCGGAGGUGGAGGACGACCUGCUGCUGAAGCUCAAGAUCAACUACUACCCGCGGUGCCCGCAGCCGGAGCUGGCGGUGGGCGUGGAGGCGCACACCGACGUCUCCGCGCUCUCCUUCAUCCUCACCAACGGCGUGCCCGGCCUGCAGGUCGUAGACAGCUCCGGGGCAUGGGUCACUGCGCGCGACGAGCCCGGCACACUCGUCGUCCACGUCGGCGACGCGCUCGAGAUCCUCAGCAACGGGCGCUACACGAGCGUGCUCCACCGCGGGCUCGUGAACCGGCAGGCCGUGCGCGUGUCCUGGGUCGUCUUCGCCGAGCCGCCGCCCGACUCCGUGCUGCUGCGCCCGCUGCCAGAGCUCGUUGAAGGCGAUGGCGCCGAGACGCCGCGCUUCGAGCCGCGCACCUUCAGGCAGCACCUCGAGCGCAAGGUCCUCAAGAAGACCAAUGAUCAACAUGAGGAGGAGGUUGUUAAGAAGCCACCCGUCGCCGCUCAAGAGGAGGAGAAGGAGAAGGCCACGAAGGCGCCGCCGGUCGCUGCUCAUGAGGAGAAGGAGGAGGCCACGGAGACGCCGGUCGCCGGCGAGGAGCACAAGGUCCUGAAGAAGGAGCAGAGUGAGCAGGAGGAGGCCAAGAUGGCGCCGGUGGCAGCCAACCUAGUGGAAGUUAAUUAG